GUCCCUCCCCCCAACUACUGUACUCCAAUUUCAUUUUCUGCACAAAUUAAAGAAUCCCAUCUCACAAAAAUAUUUUGCCUUUUCCCUUUUUGGGGGUUUUUUCUUUUCUCACUUUUGUUUAAUUUUAUAAUGUGGUUUUCUCUGACUCCCCCUUUUGACCUUGGGCAUGCUCCAUUUAUUGUUUUGGAAUUAUGAAAGCAGAGAGAAGAAGUACUUAUCUGAUGCCUCUCUUGGAGUUGGAGAAUCUGAAAGGAAGAAAAAUUAAUGGCACAGUAGGAAUCCGGCAGUCAUUUAUGGCAGUUGGCUGAGGGGCAGAUUGGUGGCGCUUCUUAAUUUUUCUUCAUUCAGCCUCUCCUCUGCAAAUUUCCAUCUUUUCGAAGCAUGCAGCCAUUAUUAUCUGCAGAGUUCGAGAAACCAUAGCUCCUCUCCCAUGCAAUUCACCACGCGUCUUCUCCCAUCCGUGAACCACUGCCCAAUCCCAUUUUACUUGACAGAGCUAAAAUUCCACUCUUCUCAUAAUAUAUACUUCUGAUCAUUGUCUCUUGCAAUUUCAUUACUUGCAUUUGCUGCACAAUGGCUUGCUCUGCUCGGUUUUUACCAUUUCUUCUUGUGCUCUGUUUCGUGUGCUUGGUUAUUCCAUCUGGGUUAGUUUUGUGCGAGGAUAAGUUGGAUGGUGGUUCGAGUUUGAGCGUGCUUUUGGAGAUAAAGAAGUCAUUUGUGGAGGACCCAGAAAAAGUUUUGGAGGAUUGGUCGGAGAGCAACCCAAAUUUCUGCACUUGGAGAGGGAUUUCCUGUGGGUCUGACUCGGUGGAUGGCUCGGUUCAAGUGCUGGGACUCAACCUUUCUGAGUCAUCACUCGGUGGGUCCAUAUCGCCGGCACUCGGCAGCCUACGGAACCUGCUCCACCUUGAUCUUUCCCGCAACGGCCUUAUGGGUCCCAUUCCAACAAACCUCUCUAAACUCUAUUCGUUGGAAUCUUUGCUUCUCUUCUCCAACCAACUCAGUGGACCGAUUCCGACUCAGUUGGGCUCGCUGGCGAGUCUACGAGUCAUGCGAAUCGGUGACAACGCACUUACGGGUCCCAUUCCCGCUUCCUUCGGAAAUCUUGUGAAUUUGGUUACUCUUGGUUUGGCCUCGUGUAGUCUCACCGGUUCGAUACCCCCAGAACUCGGUAAACUCGGCCGAGUUGAGGAGUUGGUUCUGCAGCAAAAUCAACUCGAGGGUCCGAUUCCGGAAGACAUCGGGAACUGCUCAAGCCUUGUCGUCUUCACUGCUGCUGCUACCAAUCUCAAUGGGUCAAUACCAAAGCAAUUGGGCCGCUUACAGAAUCUCCAAAUUCUAAACCUUGCCAAUAAUACUCUCUCCGGCGAGAUUCCGGUGGAACUUGGGGAACUCAGUGAACUUGUUUAUCUGAACCUAAUGGGAAACCAACUCGAGGGUUCAAUUCCAACUUCUCUUUCUGGAUUGGGAAAUCUCCAGAAUCUGGACUUGUCUAUGAACAAGCUCUCGGGGGGGAUUCCAGAGGAAAUGGGCAAAAUGGGAAGCUUGGUGUUCUUGGUUCUAUCGAACAAUCAUCUCUCUGGUGUCAUUCCGAGAAACUUAUGUUCCAAUGCUUCCAGUUUAGAACACCUGAUGCUAUCUCAGAUACAAAUCUCCGGCGAGAUUCCGGUGGAGUUGGUCCAAUGCAGAUCACUGGCGCAGAUUGAUUUGUCUAACAAUAGAUUAAACGGGUCGAUUCCGGAUGAAUUAUAUGGGUUAAGUGGUUUGACUGAUCUCCUCCUCCAUAACAACAGUUUGGUGGGUUCAAUUUUACCGUCGAUAGCAAACUGCAGCAGUUUGAAGACUCUGGCUCUGUAUCAUAACAAUCUACAGGGCAAUCUUCCACGUGAGAUUGGCAUGCUUGGGGAACUUGAGAUUCUAUAUCUAUACGACAAUCAAUUAUCUGGGAGAAUUCCUUUCGAGUUGGGGAAUUGUUCAAACUUGCAGAUGAUUGAUUUCUUCGGGAAUCGUUUCGGUGGGGAAAUUCCGGUGAGCAUUGGGAGACUGAGGGAAUUGAAUUUCCUUCAUCUCAGGCAAAACGAACUGGUGGGUAAAAUUCCCGCCACUUUGGGGAACUGUCAUAAACUGACCAUAUUGGACUUGGCGGACAAUCGCCUUUCUGGUGGGGUUCCUUCAACAUUCGGUUUCCUCGGAUCUCUGGAGCAGCUCAUGCUUUACAACAACUCUCUUGAAGGUAAUCUUCCUCGUUCGUUGAUCAAUUUAGCAAACCCUACGAGAAUAAAUCUAUCCAAAAACAGAUUGAAUGGGAGCAUUGCUCCAUUGUGUGCCUCCCCUUUUCUGCUUUCUUUCGACCUCACUAACAAUGCGUUUGAGAAUGAAAUUCCUCCCGAAUUGGGAAACUCGUCCUCCCUUGAGAGGCUGAGAUUAGGGAACAACCAGUUUUCCGGCCAAAUUCCGCCGGCGUUGGGGAAGAUUCGUGCACUGUCAUUGUUGGAUCUGUCUGGGAAUUCUCUUACAGGGUCUAUUCCGGUUGAGCUUUCGUUGUGCAGGAAACUGAGCCACCUUGAUCUCAAUAAUAACCUUCUUUCUGGAAAUAUACCGAUGUGGUUGGGUAGAUUGCCUCAGUUGGGAGAGAUUAAGCUCUCUUCCAAUCAGUUCACUGGGCCUCUGCCUUCGGAGUUAUUCAAUUGUUCCAAACUGAUUGUGCUCUCUCUUAAUGGAAAUCUACUUAAUGGAACAUUGCCUAUGGAAAUUGGUAACCUGGCAUCACUUAACAUCCUCCACCUUGAGGAUAACCGGUUUUCGGGUCCAAUCCCUUCGACAAUUGGUAGGUUGAGCAAACUAUUUGAGCUUCACAUGUCGAAAAAUGGUUUCAAUGGGGAAAUACCAGCUGAGAUUUCCCAACUGCAGAAUCUACAGAGCAUAUUAGACCUCAGUUACAAUAAUCUGACUGGUGAAAUUCCAACCUCUAUUACUUUGCUGUCCAAACUAGAAGCGCUUGAUCUAUCUCACAAUGAACUUACUGGAGAAGUCCCUUCAGAUAUUAGUAAGAUGAGCAGUUUGGGCAAGCUCGAUCUUGCUUACAACAAGCUAGAAGGGAAAUUGGACAAGGAAUUCUCUCACUGGCCAGCUAAUGUAUUCCAAGGAAAUCUCCAACUUUGUGGAGGCCCUCUUGCCCGCUGUGGUGAUGCUUCUGCAAGAGGAUCGGGUCUGAGUGAAGCAGCGGUGAUAGCUAUAUCUGCAGUUUCAACUUUGGCAGGAAUGGCGGUUCUAGUGCUUACAGUUGCCCUUCUCUAUAAACACAAACAAGAAACUUUCAAGAGAUGGAGUGAAGUCAACUGCAUUUAUUCAUCUAGUUCUUCCCAAGCACAGAGAAGACUGCUUUUCCAUAACCCUGUUGGAAAUCUAGAUUUCAAAUGGGAAGAAAUCAUGGAGGCCACAAACAAUUUAAGCGAUGAUUUCAUUAUCGGCUCAGGAGGAUCUGGAACAAUCUAUCGAGCCGAAUUGCACACCGGUGAAACUGUUGCAGUCAAGAAUAUAUCGUGCAAAGAUGAUCUUUUAUUAAACAGAAGUUUCGUAAGAGAGGUCAAGACACUUGGAAGGAUAAAGCAUAGGCAUCUUGUGAAACUUCUGGGAUAUUGCAUGAACAGAGGAGGAGGCUCAAAUCUGUUGAUUUAUGAGUACAUGGAGAAUGGAAGUGUUUGGGACUGGUUGCACCAGCAACCAGUUAGUGGGAAGAAGAAAAAGAAGCUUGAUUGGGAGGCAAGAUUCAGGAUUGCUGUUGGCUUGGCUCAGGGACUGGAAUAUCUUCACCAUGACUGUUUGCCCAAAAUUAUCCAUAGGGACAUCAAGUCAAGCAACAUCCUACUCGAUUCCAAUAUGGAGGCACAUCUGGGGGAUUUUGGCCUAGCAAAAGCCCUCGUCGAGGACUACGACACCGACACAGAGUCAAAAACAUGGUUCGCUGGUUCGUAUGGCUACAUAGCCCCAGAGUAUGCUUAUUCUCUUAAGGCAACAGAAAAGAGUGAUGUUUACAGCAUGGGAAUUGUACUGAUGGAGCUCGUAAGUGGAAAGAUGCCUAUAGAUGAAGCUUUUGGGGUGGAUAUGGACAUGGUAAGGUGGGUAGAGACACGCAUUGAAAUGCAGAGUAUUGCUGAUAGGGAGGAGUUGGUAGACCCGUGUUUGAAGCCGCUGUCGCUCGACGAAGAAUCUGCAGCGUUCCAAGUCCUUGAAAUAGCUCUACAAUGCACGAAAACUGCCCCUCAAGAAAGGCCAUCAUCUCGUCAAGUUUGCGAUCAGCUCCUGCACGUUUAUAGUCAUAGAACAGCAGAUUAUGAGAAGAUGCAGACAGAUCCAUAUUCUUGAGAAAUAUGUUUAAUGAUCAAGAUCGGUCUGUUUUCAGAGCAAUGACUUCUUUUAUUAUAAGAAACAAAUUUAUGAUCUCCUUGGAUGAAAGAAAAUGUACUGAUUUAUCAGAUAGGCUAUAUUAAUAUAUUAAGAAGGUUUCACAAACCAAGGGUUAUAUUCUAGAAUGCUCAGUUUGUCACCUUCUGGAAAAAGAGAGAGUGUGGUUUCAUGAAGGUAGUAAUUGGUGCUUAA